AGCUUAUAGGGAGGGGGCAGAGGGGAAUGACAGGAGCUAAAAAUAUGUCAGGAAGUGAGACGACCAUGAUGGAAAUUAAGCAAGGUGAUGUGAUAGGGAGUAACUGGGGAACUACUUUAAGAGAGGUAGUUAGGAAAGACUUCUUUGAGGAAGUAAUUUAUAAACCAAUACGUGCAACGGGACUGACAGGAGUCAGAUGUGUGAUCGGUUGGUGGAAGAGCGGUCCAGGUAGAAGGGCUAGAACAGCACCAUUAGGGUGGGCAAGAGCCUGUGGGACACAAGAGUUUGCUGCGUGGUUGGGACUUAUCGGGGAUAGACAGAGAUAAGUGAGAGUGGUCUGCAGGACAGGAUCAUGUCAUGCCUUAAGGACAAGAUAAGCUGUCUGCCCCCUCCCCACAACUGGCAUUCGGGUGAGUUCAAGGCCCUAAUCCAGUAGUAGAGUGGAACUCACACCACCCUGAGCUCGGAAAGAUGGUGUCACAGUCUACAGGCCGACACGAUUCUCCAGUGGACUCAUGGGACAACAAUGACCCUGGCGACAUUGAUGUUUCCCCCAGCCUCCUGGACACUGACCAGCCUCCUUGCCACUCAGACGUCAGAUUCAUAAGGCACAAAGCUGCCUGGAUUAACCCCCAGUGUGAGCAGCAACAGUCUCAGGAUUCGCCCCCUCGGGUGCCAACAGUGAGGAAGAGUGGGAACCACUUUGGAGAGGACACCGCCUUGCCCCUCAACCCCUCACCAUUGUUUCUCGGGGACUCCAUGGUGGAGACAUCACUGUCAAAGGAUACCGCAGACUCUGCCCAGGGCUCAGGGGACAAGAGCAGCGACCUCUCUUUUACCUCAGCGGAAGAGCAGGCGGUGUUCCUAGGACACUCUCCUCAGAUGUCUUUGUUCACAAGCGCCUCUCCUUGUCCUGAAGUGGACCGGGCUUUUCUGCAGCCUUCCCAACUGACAGCUUCCACGGAUGAAGGUGCCGUUCAAGUCAGCAGAAGAACCACUUCUUUGAAUUCCUUCUCUCCGGAGGCAUUCCUGCUCCCUGUCGAUGUCGAAAAGGAAAAUGCCCACUUCUAUGUUGCAGAUAUGAUUAUAGCAGCAAUGGAGAAAAUUAAGUGUACGAUCCUGAGUCAACAGCACACAGAGCCUUGGGGUGUGGAAGGAGCCAGUGGGGUGCUCGGGAAUGACCAAGCUGACUCCGAAGUCACGUUUUAUACCAACACAAAGCAAGAAUCUGGGUCUUCCAAUUCUUCUGACAGCGGCUAUGAAGGUUAUGCUGCGUUACAGGGCAGCCCAGUGGCCGGAACACUCACUCACUCUGAUGUGCUGAAAGAAGCCUGUAAAUGUGACUUUGAGGACUUUGUUAUCAUAGAACUUGGUGAGUUUAGCAAUAUCACAGAAACCUGUGGGUGUUCCUGCAGCUCCUCAAAGAGUGUCAUUUAUGAGCCAGACUUCAAUUCUGCUGAGCUAAUAGCCAAGGAGCUGUACCGAGCAUUCCAGAAGAGCUGGCUGUUGUCAGACGUUAAUCAGCAGCCUGCAGGCCCUCUAAAUGCAGCUGGCUCGGUUGUAGUGAAUGAAGAGCGCGUCCGGAAAGACUUUGAAUCCAGUGUGGACGUUGUUCAGGAAAUUACCCUUAAGUCGAGGAUCCGAGGGGCUGAAGACUGGGAGCCCCCCAGAUUUCAAAUCGUAGUUAAUGUUCACCCACCACUGAAGAAGGAACUCGUGGUAGCAGCCCAGAAUUUUUUGUGUGCUGGCUGUGGCACUCCAAUAGAACCUAAGUUUGUGAAGCGGCUCCGGUACUGCGACUACCUGGGCAAGUACUUCUGUGACUGCUGCCACGUCUACGCAGAGAGCUGCAUCCCUGCGCGGAUCCUGACCACGUGGGACUUCAGGAAGUACUACGUCAGCAAUUUCUCCAAACGGCUGCUGGACGGUCUGGGGCCCCAGCCCGUUUUCAAUUUGCUGAGCAUCGGCCACGGCCUGUACGCCAAGGUCAAGGAACUGGACAGAGUGAGGGAAACCCGGGAACAACUUUUUCAUAUCAAGAAGCUGUUGAAGACCUGCAGGUUUGCUGAAAGCGCGCUAAAGGAGUUUGAGCAGGUGCCGAGGCACCUGACUGAUGAGCUCCACCUGUUCUCGCUGGAGGAUCUGGUCAGGGUCAAGAAACGGCUGCUGGUGCCCUUGCUCAAGGACAUUCUAAAAGCUUCCCUCGCGCAUGUGGCCAGCUGUGAGCUGUGUCAAGGAAAGGGCUUCAUUUGUGAAUUUUGCCAGAGUACAGCCGUCAUCUUCCCCUUUCAGACUGAGACGUGUAGAAGAUGUGCAGGGUGCAGAGCGUGCUUUCACAAGCAGUGUUUCCGGUCGUCCGAGUGCCCCCGGUGCGCGCGGAUCACAGCUCGGAGGAGACUUUGGCAAAGUUUACCUUCUGCAGCUACAUGAUGCCCGAGUAUUUUGGGAAAGACUGUUCAACAUGCCUUAGAACACCGAUUCCUGUCUAUCAUUGAUCAGAUUGUUGCAGAUGUUGAGUACUGUAUAUUAAGGGAAAAAAGUGGCCAAUAUUGUUUUUUAUUAUAUAUAUUUAAUGUUUUAAAAAGAAUGCACUUUUUUGGGUUAUUAAGCAUAGGUUUAUUACUGGUGGUUUUGUUUACAAAUGUUCAGUGUUUUUGCUGCUGCUGGUUUUUUUAAUGAGUUUUUUUAGUACUUCUUCAAUCGUAUUUGAGCGGUUGUACGUAGCUAAUAUUGGAGCCUAUUUCUGUAUGAAUUGUAACUGACAAGACAAAUGGCUCCGUUUGUCUUUCUCUCAAGCUUGUUUUGUGGGAUGGAUUGGUACUCUCAGUGAACAAAAACGCAGCCAACAAUCUGUCUACCCCCCGGGUUUUUUCCGACUUAAGUGCCGUUUCGUAAUUCUAUCCGUUUUGUAAUCGU